CGAGUGCUGAGCUGCCUGCCGAUAAUUUGUUCUAUUUUUGCAAUGGAAAAACCGAAAGCCUUUGUUGGCCUGGCACUGGUGCUGCUGCUGGUCCAGAGCUUUGGGGUGGCUAAUGGCAGGGAAGAGGACAUCUGCCGUCUGUUUUCCAACAACACCGUGAUCCGCGAUCCCGAUUCCUGCGGCCAGUCGAUUACCUGCAUCAAUUCCGUGAGCCACUACAGCACCUGCUCGGGAUCGACGCCCUUCUUCGACAAGGACACUGGCAAGUGUGUGAAAGCCCUGACUGAUGACUCCACCUGUUCGGUGUCCUGCGAGGAGGCGGACAGCCAGUUCGUGGCCGAUCCCAAGUCCUGCUACGGCUACUACUACUGCUCAGACAAGGAGACGGCCCUCUAUGGAAAAUGUCCCACGGACACUCACUUCAAUGCCACCACCCAGACAUGCACCCGCACCUUCGAAUCGGCGUGCACGGCCAGCAGCUUCGAGUACUGCAGCAUCGUGAAGAACAGCGUGAACUUUGACAACCUGCAGGGAUGCAACAAGUAUCACGUUUGCGAGAAGGGUGUGUUAAAGGACAAGACCUGUGCCAGCACCUCAUACUAUCAGGCCAGCACAGGGACCUGUGUGGCCAAGGCCUUGGUGGACUGCGAGGCCCAUCCCUUGCCAUCGAAUGUCUGCGGCACUGUCAAGAAACCAUUGGAAAACAAAUUCGUCACGGAUGGAGCCACCUGUCGCGGUUACUUCUAUUGCACCAAACAGGCGGAUGGCACUCCGGAUCCGAAUCCCUCUUGGAAUCAGUGUCCCCCAGACUACUUCUUUGACUCCUCCAGCCAGACCUGCAAGCACCCCACCUUGGUCGCCUGCAAGUGGGAUCGAUGUGAUGGUCGCACGUCAGCCUUUGUGGCCAGUGGCACCACCGGUUGCCGCAACUAUCUGAUAUGCGAUGAUGGCAUCACCCAGGCGGAGAAGUCCUGCGGCAAUUUCUUCUUCGAUGAGAACCAGGGCGCCUGUGUCCCGGGUGUCCUAAGCUACGCCGCGUGUAAAUGAAAAUAAAUAAUUUUCUCUGCUUUUAAAAGUUA